GUGUCCGUGGAGCUGCCGCAGCAGCUCAGGGGGCUCAAGGCGGUGACCGGGGAGCUGAAUUCCUCCACGGCCAACCAGAUCAAGAAGGGGCGCCGCGAGGCGUCAGAGCGCCCCAUGACCGCCCAGGAGCGGGAGCGGUUCACCAGUGCCAAGCAGGUGAUGCGCGCGAGGUGGGCCCUGGAGUUCAAAAUUAACCAGAAGGGCGGCAGCGCCAAGCCAAAGGCGAGACUCGCGGCGUCGGGCUUCAUCAUGGGCCCGCAGCGCGAGCCGACCCGUCGGGGCAAAGCGUGGGCCAUCCCGGCCCUCGAGCUCGCCAGGGCGGUGGGCAUCCUUGCGGGCGCAGCCGCGAAGCCCAAGGAGGCCGCGCACGGCUUGGUGGAGGCGGCCAUCAAAUGCUACCUGACCGUCUCCGGGGCGAUGGCCGAGCAGAGGUGGGCCCUCGCGAAGAUGGACCCGUGCGCAUGGGUCCUGCAUGGCAGAGAUCGCGGCAGCAGCAAGGAGCGCGCCUGGGCGGGUCUCGAGGCGCUCCUCUUGGACGGCCCGGCGAAGGCAGGGAUCGUUGCCCAUCGCUACCCAAAGGCCGAGUCUCGGCCGGAGGCGCGGAUCGAUUGGAAGGGGUGGGGACGUGGCGUGUUCUACCAGACGGGCGUUGAAAUCGCCCAGGGCCUGGACGAGGGCUCACAGAUGGACUGGGAGAAGUACGUCAAGGACAUCGAGGAGAUCCACAAGACGCAGGCACGGGCGGCGCUGGUCGCGAUCGGCUGGCGCUCCGAGCAGACGGGGCCCAUGCGCAGCGCAGAUGUGAGCUGGCAUCUCUGCGAUGUGCCCCACUCAGCCGUGAAGCCUAUGGGGGGCGUCAACGAGCUCGUGGAUCGGGUCCGCGAGCAGGCGGACAAGGGCGCGUGGGCCCACAGCCACUGGGGGUCCGAGGUCUUCGCGCCCGUCGCGCGGGCCGUCUCGUCCGAGGCCAACCGGCCGGACGGUGGCAGCACGAAGGAGCUCGCGAUGGCCAUGGCGCCCCUGGAGGUCUUGGCGGCAACGAGGUCGAUGUGGAAGUCUGGAAAGACUGACAAAAUUCGGAGGUCCAGUGCCGCGGCGGAGAGGUGGGCUACCGUGGACGGCGAGGACGAGAAUUACGGUUUGAAGCUCCAGUGGCUGGAGAUGCUCGGCGACGAUAUCGACUGGCGGUCAUCGCAGAGCGCCAUGUGCUGCCUCCCGGCUGCCUGCUCGACGGACUCCAGAGGCCUGUUCGGCGAGCUGAAGACGGUGGUGUUCACUCCCAAGGGCAAGGAGAAGAGGGUGGACAUCGAGGCGAUGACCAUGAAGGGCGAGAGCGCCCGAGACGGCAACCGCUUGACGCGGGUGCACGUGGGC